AUGUCCUCUCCUCUCGCCGGAUGGCAGGCCGUCCGCUCCAUGGCAACCGUCCGACAGCGCCGCCAGGCCGCCCGCAUGGUUCUGUCCUCCAAUGUCGACAAAUCCUCCCUGAAGCAAGGACGUUCGAAGAGAGAUCGUGCCGGCCCCUGGUCCGGCAUGAACCAGACGGAGGCGCGCCUUCGGGAUGCGCCACGGUCAAGGUCUCGGGCAGCUCUCAAACGCUCGGGUGAUUCCGAAGAUGAUAAGCAGAAGCCGGACAGUCCUCUCUACAAGGCGCUCAAGAUGCAGACGGCAUUGGCGCCCAUUCCUUACGGUCGCCGAACCGCCAUCAAGAACAAGAUCGCAGAAGUUUCGAGUUUCGACCAGUUUCCUCUGCUACCGGUCGUGCGCCACUCGAUCUCUUCCCAAGCUCUUUCCCGGACUGGCGGACAUUGUACCGACUCCCAUUCAACGCCUUGCUAUCCCACAACUCCUGAAAGACCCUAUCCCGAAGAGAACAUCUAAAGACGUCUCAGACCAUGAACCGAAUUUUGAACAGUACCUUCUGGCCGCCGAGACCGGGUCGGGAAAGACGCUCGCCUAUCUGAUUCCCUUGAUCGACUCCCUGAAGCGUAUGGAAGUGGAGGACAAGGAAUUCGAGAAACCGCGGGUCAUUAUCCUCGUCCCGACCUCCGAGUUGGUUGCCCAGGUUGGCGCCAAAGUCAAGGCUCUUUCGCACACGGUCAAGUACCGGUCGGGGAUGAUCUCGUCCAACCUGACCCCUCGUCGGAUCAAGAGCAUCCUCUUCAACCCGAGCGGGAUUGAUAUUCUCGUCGCCACUCCCCACCUGCUUGCCUCGAUCGCCAAGACGGAUCCAUAUGUGCUGAGUCGCGUCAGCCACCUGGUGCUGGAUGAGGCGGACUCGCUCAUGGAUCGGUCCUUCUUGCCUACAACGACUGAGAUCAUUGAAAAGUCAGCCUCUUCUCUUCACAAGCUCAUCCUCUGCUCCGCCACCAUUCCCCGCAGUCUCGACAACCUCCUCCGCAAGCGUUACCCCGACAUCCGACGACUGACGACGCCAAACCUGCAUGCUAUCCCCCGUCGCGUCCAGCUCGGAGUGGUGGACAUCCAACGGGACCCCUACCGUGGCAACCGCAGCCUGGCCUGCGCCGACGUGAUCUGGUCCAUCGGAAAGGCAGGCGACACAGAACCGACGCACCCUUUCCUGGCCCAGGCCGGACCCAAGGUCAAGAAGAUCCUAGUCUUUGUCAACGAGCGUGAAGAAGCCGACGAGGUAGCCCAGUUCCUGCGCUCAAAGGGCAUCGACGCCCAGUCCUUCUCCCGGGACUCCAGCAGCCGCAAGCAAGAAGAGCUGCUUGAAGAAUUCACCGAGUCCCCGAUCCCUCCCACCGCAGAGGAGAUCAUGCUGGCCAAGAACAAGCGCCGCCAGGACAACUCCAUUCCCUUUGUCUUCCCCGAACAGCAGAACAAGCCGGGCGCGGAGCGCGGCCUCCCGAACACCAAGGUUCUCGUGACGACGGAUAUUGCCUCUCGCGGAAUUGACACCAUCGCCGUCAAGACGGUCAUCCUCUACCACGUCCCACACAACACGAUCGACUUCAUCCACCGACUCGGCCGUCUCGGUCGCAUGGGCAAGCGUGGCCGAGCCGUGGUCUUGGUCGGCAAGAAGGACCGCAAGGACGUGGUCAAGGAAGUGCGCGAGGGCAUGUUCCGCGGCCAGGCCUUGAUUUAG